CCAACCUGGCUUGGUCAUGUCCACAAGACAAGCAAUUUUUAGGUACUUUUAAGGCAUUUGUCACGUGGUGUCCUACUAAAUUAUAAUCGGUUUACAUGGUGAAACUCAUUUGCAUUUAUACUUGUGUUUGCCUAAUAACAUAGAAAGUGACACUUGGUUAUUAGCAUAGUAGGGUACAGAAUCUGUAUCUCAAAAGACAAAAAAGUGCUUCAAAUUGUCAGCCAUGUAAAAAGUACACCACCUCUUAGGAUUCAAAGUUGUUGGCUGAGGGAAUCAUUAACAAAUUGGAGGUCACUUUGUGUACAUGGCCUCCAAUUUGCUUGUAUUAAUGUCCAGGUCAGCCCAUUUGGUUGAUGAUAGAAUCUGAAAUCAUUUGGACAUGUCAAAAAAAAAAAAAAAAAACUUCCUUACAGAAUGAAGGGGAAGAGAAUAUUAUAAAAAGAAAGGAGAAUCCCAUCAUCAAAGCCCCCUUCUUGAGGUCCUCUUUCUCUAUGCAAAUUGAUGGUGCACCAGAUGUGAAUAUGGUGCCUAAUGGGACUUCAGAGAUCCGGCAAGUUGAACAAACUAGCAAGGCAAAUUCAUCAAGGAAAGCAAAGGAAAUUGCAGCAAGAAAAGGAAUAACAAGGCCCCCACUUAAUUUCCUAGCGAUUUUGAAAGAUGCAAAUAUAUCAAUUGAUACGUCUUCCCCUGACAAGCUGUGUGAGCAGCUCUGCACUGGAGUAUGCUUAAAGCCCAACAAACUGAUGGUGCCUAAUGGGGCUUCAGAGAUCCAACAAGUUGAACAAACCAGCAAGGCAGAUUCAUCAAGGAAAGCAAAGGAUAUUGCAGCAAGAAAUGGAAUAACAAGGCCGCCACUUAAUUUCCUAGCGAUUUUGAAAGAUGCAAAUAUAUCAAUUGACAUGUCUUCCCCUGACAAGCUGUGUGAGCAGCUCUACUCCGGAGUGUACUUAAAGCCCAACAAACUGAAGUAUUUUGUCGACAAGAAGUCAAACAAGAACUGCUUUGUGCUAUUUGCAAGAGAACUUAAUAUCUGUUGGAAUGAUAAUCCUCAAUAUUGGAGAUGGACCACAUUGAAGGAGACAAGUGGUGAAGAGAUUGAAGUCGCUGAGCUAUUACAGGUAUGUUGGUUAGCUGUUAGAGGGCAAUUUAAUGGGGCAGUUGAUCUCUCACCAGGGAUAGUUUACGAAAUUGUUUUUGUCGUGAGGAUGAUCAAAUGUCAAGAUUUCUCAUUAAAACUUACCAUCAUCCUUCCAAAUUCAAAAAAGCUAACACGCAAUGAAAGUCUAAAUGAAAAGCCUUUAGGAAGUUGGUUUGAUAUCCAGUUGAGUGAGUUUAAAAUGUCACCAGAAAACGUUGGAACGAUGGAAUUCUCUCUGGAGGAUCAUACUGAACUGUGGAAGAGUGGGCUUAUUGUGAAAUGUGCUAUCAUUCGACCGAAG